AUGAGAAUUCUCCAGCUUUUAACUUUCCUUCUACUCUUCCUGAGUCUCAGCCAAAGUGCCGUCAUCACAGGGGCUUGCGAGCGAGACCCCCAGUGUGGGGCGGGGUCCUGCUGUGCCGUGAGCCUCUGGCUCCGCCGCCUGCGCAUGUGCACUCCCCAGGGCCGGGAGGGGGACGAGUGUCAUCCCUACAGCCACAAGGUCCCUUUCUCCGGCAAACGACAGCACCACACCUGCCCUUGUUUCCCGGAUCUGAUUUGCUCCAAGAUCCCGAACGGCAGAUUCCAAUGUUCAGUCAACUACAAAACCAUCGACUUCCAGUGAUCAC